GCCAGCUGGUGAAGACGUGCACUGACUGACGCAAGCAGAUCAGUCUAAAAUUUUACUGAACGACAAUCCAGUUUUACUUAUAUCGUUUUGUCUCAUACGUUUGCGAUAAGUAAUUUUCCAAUGGACUCAAAUUGUUUCUGGUCGACACCUAGGAGACAAAAUCCCAGUCCCUUUCACGUGCACACUAAUGAUGGCAACGUGUCCUCGCAAACACCUGGACUGAUUCGGACCACUGCAUCCGUUGAUUCCGUCCAGACGCGCUCGCCCUACAACGUUUCACCCGCGAACACAAAGAACCCCGAGACAAGAAUCGGAGGAGGACGCCCAUGUCUAGCCGGCACACAAACGGCAUACCACCAAGCAAACCAACAUACAACUGUUACAGAAUUGCCUAAUAUCAGCACCUUCGGUGAUCUCACACACGAUUCGAGCGGUUUCGCUUCACUGCUGGUCGAUCAGAAACGUGCCCAGCACCAGAAACUGCGUUGUUUGAGACAUGUGUUGUGUAUGCCUAACCAUCGUUUGCCGAAGAGUGCUGUUUUUCAUACCGAACUCAGAGAGAUGACCAACCCUCCACUUGUUGGAAUGGGCACAGCAACCCAAGAACUACUGACUCGUCUGUUGGCCAAUCAAUUUCCCGAGUUGGUCUUCAGUGCGAGCAGCCUACCUGCAGAACUCAAACAGGAGCGUCCCAAUUGGAGUACUGAGUCGAACUCCUCACUGUCUCGACCAACUUUACCUGCAAACCGUUCGCCCAGACCGUCAGCAAGUGUUGAACCUCAGACGGAACUCACCAGUCUUAGGGGAUCGGGACAAACAACACCCAUGCAAGUCAGUCUGGAUGAGGCAGUGAGGGGGCCUGGCUAUCAACCACCAGGUGUUGGCACUUCUGUGGAUGGCUGUGUCGGACAAACACAAGACAUUUUGUUGGAAAGAAAUGACCGUCCUAACAGAGUCGAUUCGUCCGUAACAACGUGCUAUCCACCAACAGCCAGUACACCGCCCCGCAAUAACGCAGAUCUACACAGCACAAGACCAGUGAAUCACUCCGGAACGGGCACAACCAACCCUGUAGCUAUGCUAGCCGGACUGUUGGGCACCAGUGCGGACCAGCUCCUCGGAUUGCUCAAUAACCAACUGAGACAAUGUAUUGGAAACGACACUGGCUGCGCUCCUGCACUUUCAGCCUUAUUGGCGGGUCUACAGGAAACAGCAAUGACAAAUCGGUGCAGACAAUUACGGGAGCGAACUUCCAGUGUGAACCAGCUCAAUUUAUCUUCGUACAAUGAAAACGGCAUAGUACCAAAUCUGACUCAACAAGCGAUGGCAUCUACCAGCAACCUGAAUGAAGAAAUAGCACGUCUAGCGGAACCGUAUAAACGUUUUCUGUGCUCCUUAGAAAGUGAUAUUGAACGGGCUGCAAACGUCUAUCGCACUUCAGCAAGUACCCUUGCACAGAGGAGAGAAGCGGCUUACCAUUGGUCAGGAAAGCUACCUGUUCGGGUUUGUCGUUCAAUGGCGUUUUCAAGGAAAGUUUUUCUCGGUGGCGUUCCAUGGGAUAGUACCAGUGAAGAUCUGAUUAUGGCGUUUUCUCGUUUUGGAAAUGUGACAGUGUCGUGGCCCCAACAGGAUGCAACCCAAUUCAGUGCGAUUCGAAGUCGAAACCCAUCACCAAAAGGUUACUGUUAUCUCAUUUUUGAUCACGAAUCGUCUGUGACCGAUUUGAUCGACGCGUGCGUUCGGGACCCAACAAGGGGAGGUGAUUACUACACAAUUUCCAGUUCGCGCUUUCGAUCAAAAGAUGUUCAAGUCAUUCCUUGGGCGAUAAGUGACAGCCAGUAUACCAAAUCGGGUCCCUAUAGACCAGACACAAAGAGAACAGUCUUCAUUGGUGCACUGCAUGGCAUGAUCACUGCAGAAGCAUUGGUUACCAUCAUGAAUGAUCUUUUCGGCAACGUGAUUUUCGCCGCUCUCGAUACCGACAAAUACAAGUACCCGAUUGGUUCCGGACGGGUGGCAUUUUCAAGUUACAAAAGUUACUUGAAAGCUGUUACAGCCAACUUCGUGGAUAUACGCACAUCAAAGUUCAUAAAAACCAUUCAGAUUGACCCCUACCUUGAAGAUUCGCUCUGCAAUAGCUGUCAGAACAGUCCGGGAAUAUACUUUUGUCGAGAUUUCGAAUGCUUCCGUUACUUUUGUCCCGCUUGCUGGCAACUAUGGCACAAUUCGACUGGGAGCUUGUUCGCCCACAAACCGUUACGCCGUACAUUCAAACCGAUUCCGGAGCGUCAAUUGCCCAGCCUUAUCAAACACUGACCAACAGUCUGUCUGUCUCCAUUCAUAGGCGGUUUUAUGUUGCUGUGUUUAAAGUCUACUUUCUGUUUGACCUCUCGACCUGCCGUUUUACGGAUUCCACUCACAAUCACAUGAGAGUGAAAAACUCCCGGAAUUGUUAUGAUUUGCUUUGUUAUUUACAAUAGUUUGAUAUUUCCUUGACUGUCGACCGUCGUUGAUUCAAACAAUGUGGGUAAUAAAAGGAGACAAAUCAAUCGGGUGUCGAGGCACUUCCCUGACGGUCGUCAUUUUUACUCUGCACGUGUGUUGCGGCCAACGUCUUUUCAUCUUCGACUGUCUGUUUUCCUUUCAGCUGUCAACUUUCAUUUUAUUAGAAUGUUUCGUGCUUCUAUCAUCCGUCUUGAUUCAUACACCACUUAGUUUGCGAUCUUGAUUUUGAACUCGGAGAGUUUAUCAAUGACUGUUGCAAUCGUUCACUGUUUGAGUCGAUUCGAAAUGUGCUUUUACUAGCGCUAAUCAUUACUCCGUUUUCUCUGAUAUAACUAUACUGCUGUUUUUCCCUAAUAAAACUACUCACA